CGCCCUGCGCCCCCUGCGCCCGGGCCUUUGUCUGUCUCCGCCAGCGGCCGCCGGGGCCGCGUUCCCGGCUCCCGAUUGGUUGCCGCAGCCCGGUAGCCCAUGACGUAGUUUAUUUGCAUAUGACAUUGAGACGUCACCAAGGCCGGCACCGCCCCCACGGGCUCGGGUCGCUUGUCCUCCCUUGACCCGGUAGCCGCUGUGUCGGGGCUGGGCCCUGGGUCAGACGCUGCCAUCCAAAGGGGACUGUAGGGGGGUCGGCGAUUUCCUAGGCUAAUCCAGGGGCUGGGGUCAGGCCUCUGAUCCCCUACUUUCUCUUUGCAACCUGAGGAGUCAGACGGCGCUGCUGGGCGUAGGUUGACGGGGCCGUCAGGAGUUCAGGGCUGCCUCGGUCUCUAGGUCUUCGGGACGGCACCAGAUGGUGGUCGGAUCCCCUCCCUCUGGCUCCAGACUCCGCCCCCAGGGACUAACAGAAUAACAUCCUCCUAAUCCCUGAUUUGUGUGCAGUGCGUUAGCUAAUGUCACUCCCAGACCCAAAAUGAGGGGUCUUAGACCCGAGUUCACAGAAGGGGCAACAGGCCCAGAGAGGAGGAUUAGCUCACUGGAGGUCACACAGCCAAUUAGAGUCAUGCUCACUGAGUGACAGAUGCAUUAUUAGCCAGGGGCAUAGACAUAGGAGGGGCUCAAUACAACUGGCAAGAUACACAUCCGCCUUCCUCUGGGGACCCUAUCUUGGGCUCAGCAUCAUCACGGUUUGAUAGGCUCCUAGGUCUCCUUACUCCUGGACCCUUUUCCAGGGAAUCUCUGGAGAUAGGUUCACCUUUUGUGGUCCUAAGCCCUUCUGUCCUCACUAUACCUUGGAGUCCUAGAGUCCAAUAAAAUCGCUGCCUCCCAGCUGUUUUGAUCACAGAGAGGUGAGUCAUUGGUUGCCUCCGGGUGUCUCCAGGACUGAUGUUGGGGUGGAGGUGGGGGUGAGGAUUCCCUCUAUUGGCCCUUUACCUCCCCAACUCCCUAGGUUGUAAGCCAAGAAGGACUUAACCUGGCCUAGUGCAGACAAUUGCAAGUGUUUUCUUGCACCUUCCUCACCCCUUCUGCCCCCAGAGAGUAUAGGAGAAGGGAUAGGAAAAGGAGAGUUUAUGUCUUAAGUGGAUGGGGCCUAGAGGCAGAACGAGGAACUCCAUUGCAGCUGGGAGUUUGCUCAAGGAUGGGCUGGGGGUAGGGGUGGCUUAGGACUCAAAUGCUAUUCUGGGCAGAGCUGCUGUAGUUAUUAAAGGGAAUGGUUCUCCCUGGAGCAGAACUGGGAAUGUGAGAACCAGGAAGCUGGCAGGGCUGGGAAAGAAAAUCUGGGAGGCUCCCCAAGUGGUCAGGAGAGGGGGCAGGCACUGGCUGGCUGGUGCUGCUGUCACUCUUGGCUGUCACUGACUUGCUGUGUGACCUCAGGCAGGGAGCUUCUCUCCUGAGCCUCUUUCAGUUAAUGCAUGCUAAAUCUUGGUGCCAGGAACUCCAAAUCCUUUUGUAGUGGCUAGGUCAAGGUCUCUCUUUGACCUCCCUGUACCCCUUCAUCAUUAUAUUCUUGGGGAUUGUUUUCAGAGUCUUCCCUGUGUACAGUCUGGACUGGAUGCUCAGUAACUUGGGAUUAGGCCUGCCCUGCCACUAUCUAGCCAUGUAUUUUUGCAUAGACUUAUGUCCUCUUUCUGAUCAUCAGAUUAUAAAAUGGGCUAGGUGAAUAUGAUAGUCCCUGAAAUAGCUCUUAACUUCUCUUUCAUAUUCCGUGAAGUAGUAGGUUCUUGGAAAGAGGAUGUGCCUUAUCAAGGCCUCAAUAUUCCCUUCCUUCAAGAGGAGCCAAACUUUCUGGGCUUUUGGUAAUGGAGUCACUAGCUCCCUGUGGCUACAGAUGAGUUAGGAUACGUGGAUUGUGCUGGGUGGACACUAGUUGGGGGUGGCCUCACCUUCAUAACCCCUAUAGAUCUCCCACCCCAAUCCCACCAGGGAAGCCAGCAUCUUGAGCCUAUUGUCCGCCUGCAAAUAUGGAAAUAUUCUCAGGGUAUGGAAGUGAGGUGAUUCUGCAGCAAGUGUGAAAACAUUCCCAGGGAAUAGAGGGAAGAAGCAAUAAGCAUGGAAAUACUGCAGGUGGAUUAGCAGAAAGAAUAGAAAUGCCUCAAGGGAACAGAAGUCUGGACAUGCCCCCAGGAAGUUCUACAGGAAGUGUGGAAACACCCUCACUGAAUGUGACAAGUUGCUCAGCAGCAAAACCACUGACCAUCUUUAGGGAACAGGUGUGGAGAGUCAGUCAGGCUUCAGGUACAUCCUGGGGAGUCUGGCCAGCAGCCCCCAGCCAAGCUGUAGUCCUGAGGUAGGCUGACAUGGGGAGGUGAGGUGGAUCUAGAGCCACCACCAUUUCUGGAGCAAGAGGCCUCCCUCUUAAUACUCACCCAGGGAAAGAUUGGUUGAGGGCUUGCUUGGGUCCGGGUCCAACCCUCAGUGCUCAUCCUUAAGGGCCCCUGGAAUCUGACAACUCCCUUCCUCCAUCAUCACCUCCCACUGAUCUGCUGUCUCCCUGAGCCCAAGCAACCUGAUCUUCCUCCUAGCCUGGGAUGCUGCCCUUGAACAGGAGAUGGCAUGCCAUCUUUACACCUCAUAUGACAGACACAACUGAGAUGUGCCAAAUCACAUGGUUUUUGCACUGCCAUAGGGCGCCCCCGUGAGGCCGCUUCGCCCCCCACCAUGUUCCAACGCCUCACCAGCCUCUUCUUCAGCACCCCCCCGGCCCCUGAAGACCCCGACUGCCCCCGCGCCUUCGUGUCAGAGGAGGAUGAAGUGGACGGCUGGCUCAUCAUUGACCUUCCGGAGGGGCCUGGGCUCGCUCCCGCCCGCCUCCAGAGCAGCCCCCUGGAGGACCUCCUCAUCGAACACCCCAGCAUGUCCGUUUACGUCACCGGCAGCACCAUAGUGCUGGAGCCCGGGCCCCCUUCCCCGCUUCCGGACGCGGCCCUGCCUGACGGCGACCUCAGCGAAAGGGAGUUGGCGCCCGCCCGCCGCGAGCCCCGGGCCGCGCGCCACGCCGCUCCUCUACCCGCGCGGGCGGCGCUGCUGGAGAAGGCGGGCCAGGUGCGGCGGCUGCAGCGGGCCAGGCAGCGGGCGGAGCGCCACGCGCUGAGCGCAAAGGCGGUGCAGCGGCAGAACCGAGCCCGCGAGAGCCGUGCGCGCCGGUCCAAGCACCAGGGCAGCUUCAUCUACCAGCCGUGCCAGCGCCAAUUCAACUACUGAGCGUCUGCUGGUCGCGCCGCGAACCCCUUGCCGACUACGGAUCCCUGUCGGGUCCCUUCGACGCCUCGGGCUGGACGCGAAAACCUCCCUCCUUAAAGCUGAGGUUGGGUGAUAGCCGUUCCUUCCCUGACACCCUCAAUUUCCCCAUCUCUGAUCCUCUAAUCCGCCUCUGAGCCCCUUUUCACGCCCUCAUUCGCCCUCGCUGUUUCUGGCCCCCAUCCCCAGCAUCUAAUCAUCCAUGCCCCCUGCUCCUGACCCCUCCAUCCUUUCUUCUCUGGUCCGCAUCCCUGUCUCUCCCCUUCACCCUUGCCCUCCAGUCCUCUACCUCUGGCCCGCUCCUAUUUCUGAAAGCUUCUUCCAGUCCCUGAUCUGGCUCAUUCCCCACCUUCAACUCCCACCUUACAUGACUCACACUAUCCCGUGUUUGGCAUUACACUCACCCCUGUUCCCUUAUUCUUCAUUCCCAGUAAUUUGCUCCCAAAUGGUGGAGACCCUGAGCCCAGCUCUGACCAGGUAGAGCCUGUGCAGUCUGGGCCACUGUCAUUGCCCUCUAGUAAGGGCUCGGGGUUUUGCUUUUAGUCUCCCCUUCCUUCUGCCUUGGGGGGCUGUACUCUGUGGAGCUGCUUAGGCCUGGAAAGGUACAGUAUGUAGAAGAGGACUGUGCAAGUGAGUUAGAGGGAGAAGACGGAGGGAAUCUAGGAAAUGAGGCAGCCUAUUGGAGAUUCGGACAGGACAGACAUGUUGAGAAGCUACAGGGAGCAGGGCACCAAGGGAGCUCGCACUGUGCCUGCUCAGAGAGGCAAUGCCCUGCUUCCAGGCUGAAGCCUCGAGUCUGCUCCCACUUCCCUUUUCUAUAAUCCAUUCUUCUGCAGGUUCCUGACUCUGAAGGGCUUAGUUAGUACCUUGCCACUCUACCCCCGAACAUGUCACCGAAGUAGAAGCUGGGCAAGGUCCCACCAUCCUGGCCGUUUGUUCACAAGCCCAAGGUGCUAGAAUAGCUUAGGGGAGAUGCAGGCCACAGGGCUUCCAGGCAGGCAAAGGGCAUUCACACUAGGUCAGAGUGCAGAGCAGUGAUGCUGGAGAGGACACACCAUGGGGUGAAGCCAUCCCAACGCUGACAGCUCAGCCUUCACCUUGCUUGCCUCUGGUCUUGUAUUUCACACUCUGCUCAGUAUGGCUAGCCAGCGGUCCUGAGUAGGAGUCCAGGAGCCUCACUGUCCUAAUCCCCGAAUUGUUCUUAUCCAGGUUCAGGGCCUUCAGGGGGCCUCUUCUUUUUCUCCCACAGGCCUCUCUUUCUAGGUUGCUGGGAGAAAUGGGUGCCCUAUGGUCCCUCUCCUCUCCUCCUCCAGAAAUGUGAAUCCCUGGGGGAGGCAGAAGGGGCAGAGGCUUCCCUCUUCUUGUGGAGAUUGAAUUUUGGGCUCAGACACCAGCAACAGCCUCUUGGGAUGCCCAAGUUGCUUCCCAGUUCCUCUUUCUAGCCGUCCUUUUCUAGUAUACUCACUCUUCCUUGGAACUUUUAAGACUUCUUGGUACAUAUGAACAUAGGUCUUCCCCUCACCCCAACUUUAGGUUUCCAGGCCUCACAGCCAAGCUGAGGCUUGGAGAAAACUCUGCAUUCCCAUGAGGGCAAAGGCAGCUGCCCUUCCUGACCCUAUAGUCCCAGGCCUCAUGGGGCAUGUGUGGGGAAGGUAUGGGGUAUCCCCAUGGAUGCUGGGAUGAGGGCAGAGGAGAAAACCUGUUGGGGUCUCCUAUCCCAGGGAAUAAGCCAAAUUAACACUAAAAAUUGAUCAAAACUCCCACACCAGUCCACUAGGGCCCCAGUAGUUGGCAGCCUUGCUCCUCUCCCUAAGUUCUCCUUUAGUUACAACCUAGUUGCUUUUAUUCUUCCAGCUACCAUUUGGGCACUUCAGAGCCAGCCUAGGGUCUUCGGCACCUCCAAGAGCUGAAAAUCCCUCCAACCCUUCUUGCCUACUCCUCACUGCCAGCUGGGGCCUAGGCUCAGUCCUAUGUGGUGCCCAUGAUCCCUCUGGUGGGGGAAGAGCUUAAGUUAUAGGGCAUUUGGCUCAAAUUUUAAAAGGCCUUGUGUUUACCUAUAUUUCUGGAGGCUCCUGUAGUUCUAGAACCCAAUCUCUCACCUGGCUGGCUGCAAGGCUCUUAUUUUUUGUACUUUUCCUAUAGAUUCUGUAGCAUUUGAGUGUGGCAAUAUUUUAAUUGUGUAUAGAUUUCUAAGAACCAACACUACUCAGUCUCCUGCUAGUCUGACUCCUGAAGCAUCAGACCUUGUCAUACUGUAUUGACUGUGUACGUGCCUUUCACCUUUGAGCAUGCUUCAGGAUUUUUUUUUUAAACCACAGAACUUGAAUACAUGAGGGAACCAGAGUUCACAAAGUCCUAUGCAACCUUAGGAGGAGGUUAGAGAGUCUGUUUUGAUUGAUGUUUUCAGUGGCCCUAGAGGAGUUUUUACCAAUUUGUGAGUAUUAAUGUCAGUACUACCAGCACUUUGCCAAAACUGUGUCAGAGGGACCCCUGUUUCUAGAGUGAGUCCCAGUUACAUCAGAGUGACUUCCAGUUAUUCCCUAGUAAGUCUGAGUGGUUCCUUCAAGCUGGGUGUCUUUCCAGCCUUUGCCAGUCUAGCCCCAGCAGGGCAGUGUGUGUGUAUGAAUGCAGUUUGGUGCUGUUUUGGAGUAUGCCUGCUCCCCAGCUCCCUGCCUGGAACGCUCUGAUCAACUUGCGCUGACCUGUAAUGUCUUAGGUGCAACAAGGACCCCACCAGAGCUCUUGGAUGCCCUCCUAGAUCCAUGUGGCUUUAUGUGAGGGGACUGAAUGCAGACACACCAUAGCCCAUUUCUACUACUUUCCCUCUCACCCUUCCACCAAGUUCCACAUGGAACCAACAAGUUGAGUGCGUCCCUGUUGGGUGUUCUCUGUUGAGACUGGCUGAAAUGAGACUUUGGUUGACCAUGUGAUGUGUCGACAGACUCAAGGAAACAACCACCUCAACCGGGUCAUGUGGCAUGCCUGUGUAUGUGUGUAACAGAAUUCUGAUUGUUAGACUGUAAUGCUAUUCCUCUAUGGGAGAAAAAAAAUUAAUAUAAAGAAAAACAAAUAAAAAUCUAUUUAAAGCACAU